GGCCCUCCAUCCGCUAACCAAUUCCAUGGAGUAGUGCCUGUCUCUGCGAUGAACCAAAUGUAGACGCGUAAGCUUCUUCCUCCAUCUCCAUUAUUUCUUCACAUGCUUUUCCUCAGCUACCAUUCGCUGCACGACGUAUUGGCUCAUUUUGCGCGGUGGGUUUAGUGGGUUUUGAUUUCAGGGUUUCGAUAGAGAACUGGUGGUACUCUUUUCUAGAUGAAUAUGAAGGGUCUCAUUCAAAGUCCGUGUUCUUCUUCGUCUUCACCCUCUGCAUUUCUUCGUCCUCCUUGCCUCACCUCUGCUUCUCGCGAUUCUAAAUUCCCACUGCUGUUGCCACAGGCAAUAUGCACCUCCCAAAGGAUAUAUCAAUGCUCUGGGGUCCAUAUGGAGGCUUGCCAUAAUUCUUAUCUUUCAAAACAUUGCAUGGUUGCAAGAUUUUCUUCCGGAUGGUCUGAAACACAAUCUUUAUUUCCUAAGCAAUCUCUAAAGAAGUCUUUGUUGCCACCGGGAGUGCUAGUGACAUCGAAAAGUCAAGAUGUCUCCAAUGCACCUAUCGUUGGUGAUGAUAAGAUUGGAGUCUUGUUGCUGAACCUUGGAGGUCCCGAGACUCUAGAAGAUGUGCAGCCUUUCUUGUUUAACCUGUUUGCUGACCCGGCAUGUCUUGCUAUAUGGAAUGUUUUUUUUUCUUCUGAAUUCUUUUUUUUGUUCCUUCUUUUUUUGGUAUAUACAUGCUCAAGGGGCAUUUUUUUUAAAUGUAGGAUAAAGGAUUUUGACACUACAUCCCAUGUAGAGAGCAGUGGCAACAAUUAUGUGAUAGUGUUAAUGGUAGCACCACAAUUAGGUUGUGGGAUUUUUACAGCAGUGGAUAUUAUACGACUACCAAGGUUGUUUUGUUUUCUUCAAAAGCCCUUGGCACAAUUCAUAUCUGUUCUCCGGGCUCCCAAGAGCAAAGAGGGCUACGCCUCAAUUGGUGGUGGUUCCCCUCUUCGACGGAUAACAGAUGCCCAGGCUUCUAGUAUGAACUCUCUGGUUAUGGGAUGCCAACAUAAAACAGAAUGCAGCACAAAUGUUCUGAAUGCUGAAGAGUUGAGGAACUUCCUUUGGGAAAAGAAUGUCCCAGCUGAUGUGUAUGUUGGUAUGCGUUAUUGGCAUCCAUUUACUGAAGAAGCUAUUGAACAGAUAAAAAGAGAUGGGAUUACAAAGCUUGUUGUCCUUCCGCUGUAUCCACAAUUUUCAAUAUCAACCAGUGGUUCUAGCCUUCGACUCUUGGAGAGUAUAUUCCGGGAGGAUGAAUACUUAGUCAACAUGCAGCACACAGUAAUACCUUCAUGGUACCAACGCAAAGGGUACAUAAAAGCCAUGGCAGAUUUGAUUGAAAAGGAGUUAAUAAAUUUUGACUGCCCUGAACAGGUUAUGAUAUUCUUUAGCGCACAUGGGGUGCCACUUGCAUAUGUAGAAGAGGCUGGUGAUCCAUAUAAGGCCGAGAUGGAGGAAUGUGUGGAUUUGAUAAUGGAAGAAUUAGAAAAGAGGAAGAUAACUAACGCUUGCACUCUUGCUUAUCAGAGCAGAGUUGGACCUGUAGAAUGGUUGAAACCCUAUACGGAUGAGACCAUAAUUGAACUUGGGCAAAAAGGAGUGAACAGUUUGUUGGCGGUCCCUAUUAGCUUUGUCAGUGAGCACAUUGAAACUCUGGAAGAAAUUGAUGUUGAGUAUAAAGAAUUAGCUCUAAAGUCUGGUAUAAAAACAUGGGGGCGUGUUCCUGCCCUAGGUUGUGAACCGACCUUCAUAUCUGAUUUGGCUGAUGCUGUGAUUGAGAGUCUCCCAUAUGUUGGAGCUAUGGCAGUCUCAAACCUCGAAGCUCGACAGUCUUUGGUUCCCCUUGGCAGUGUAGAAGAAUUAUUGGCAGCAUAUGAUUCACAACGCAGGGAGCUACCACCACCUGUUACAGUGUCGGAAUGGGGUUGGACAAGAAGUGCUGAAACUUGGAAUGGAAGGGCAGCUAUGCUGGCAGUGCUUGUGCUAUUGGCCCUAGAAGUCACCACUGGGGAGGGUUUUCUACACCAGUGGCGUGUAUUAUCAUCGCUUCUGUGAAUCUCUCUCUCCCCCAGAUUUAUGAAGCCACCUGUGCAUUUUGUUUAUGCAUACUAUCAGCAUCUUCCGCACAUGUAUCGCAUUCGGUCAAGCACGAUUCUUAUGCAUGUCACACGGGAUAAGAUUUGGGGUAGUUGUCUGUUGACAACACCGCUGUGGGUGAAAAGAAAAGAAGAGAAAAAGGAAAUGUAUGAUAUUGGUUUUGGUUUAUAUACAUGCAUAAUGUUCCUUGAAAGUCUGUAGUAAAGUUUUUUGCUGUGUUUUUUCUUUCCUCGCUGCUGGUUUUCACAAUUUAGAAAUGACUGAAGAGUUUGUUUGCGGGCGAUCUGUUUAUGUAAAUUUGAAAUUAAGCAAUAUUCUUGCAA